UCAGGAUUUCAAUAAACAACAGUUUCUAACCUAUUCUUGGCUUACCAAAAUUUUGUUUUUGCUUUUUUCCCUCCUCUCGUCUGGUACUUUUAUCAUACUAAAUGGAAAAUGAUUCGAAAACUUUUAAAACAGAGGAUAAAUGCGACGAAAGUAGAAAAGACAACUCGAGCUAUUGGAAGCGUAUGAUGAGGGGUUACGAGAAGAGGAACGCCUCGUUAGAGAGACGUCGUGCAGCUCUCAUUGAGAGGGUUCAUUUUAUGGAGUGUGCAUUGCCGUCGUUGUUAAUGAGCGCUGCUGUUGUCAGUACUAACAGAUCCGAACAGUCUCCAAAAGUUUCUUGUCACGAUGGAACGUCUGGCAGGUACACGCACGCACACUUACAUAUGUUUUGCGUUUUAAUACUGGAAUUAUCAAAUUCGUCGAAAAAUCGUCACGUAAAACGUAAAUCGAAGGAUGCCCAAAGAUACGAAUAAAAAUAAUAAUAAUAAAAAGAAUCGAACAUAAGUAAAUGGAAUGAAAACUUUUCACUAUACAAUUGUGAUCGUAAAAAAAUUGUACAUUACUAUCUAUGAUACUUAUGUUAUGUUUCUGACGAAAUAUUUUCACGAUUUUAUUCCUCGUUUCCUCUUCUAUAAUACAAUGUGACAAUUGAUAUCAAAUUGAACGCUGUCAGAAACAGGAUAUAUACUUUUAUCUUAAAAAAAAAAAAAAAAAAAAAAAAAAAACAAAGAAGAAAAGGAAAAGAAGAAAAAUAACGAUACAUUCGCGCAAACAAUAUCAACUUUAUUUCGUAUACGGGUACAUGAUAAAAGGAUAAAACGAACAAACAGUUCCAUGUCGACCGCGUAACACUAAAAAAAAGAAA